CUGGCAGCCUUGUUUGCGCAUGCGUGUGGCAAUGUAACAAGCAGCUAGCUAUUUGUCGUCAGUCUUUCCUUUUGGCGAAACGGAAAAUGUUAACAGCUCAGCUCUUUAGUGUGCAGUUUUAAAUAAACAACAACUAUCAUAAAGUACAUACGACGUGUUCAUAUGCCGAUACAACCCGGGCACCAAGAACACGACGGAGACGGAGCUUUGGAAAUCUCUGGGGAAACCAUUUCAUGAUUGUUAAUGCAUCCGACCCAUAGUUCUCUAGCUAGCAUAACAUAGCUAGCAAGGGUCGUGUCUGUCGUGGAUGGGUUUACUGACAAAGGUUUCUUCGUCGGUGUUUAUCGGAUAACAUGGAUACUGCUGAAGAAGCGGAUAUCUGUCGUGUGUGCCGUUCUGAGGGGACCCCGGACAAACCCCUGUACCACCCCUGUGUCUGCACUGGCAGUAUCAAAUUUAUCCACCAGGAGUGUUUGGUCCAAUGGCUGAAGCACAGCAGGAAAGAAUACUGCGAAUUAUGCAAGCACAGAUUUGCUUUUACGCCAAUCUACUCUCCAGAUAUGCCCUCCCGUCUGCCCAUUCAGGAUAUUUGUGCUGGCUUGCUGACCAGUGUGGGCACAGCCAUUCGCUACUGGUUCCAUUACACGCUGGUUGCCUUCGCUUGGCUCGGGGUGGUUCCUCUCACUGCAUGUCGCAUCUAUAAGUGUCUGUUUACCGGCUCUGUGAGCUCUCUCCUGACACUGCCUUUGGAUAUGCUUUCUACAGAAAACCUCCUUGCAGACUGUCUACAGGGCUGCUUUGUUGUCACCUGCACGCUGUGUGCAUUCAUCAGUCUAGUGUGGCUCAGAGAGCAGAUCGUCCACGGUGGCGCCCCUCAGUGGUUAGAACAGCACCAGCCACCACCUCCUAAUCAAGCCAGACAAGCUAACGAGCCACAGGGAGCUGCAGAGGAUCCCCCUGCAGCCCAACCAGCCCCCGCUGAGCCCCCAGCCCAAAACGAAGCUGAACCUGAGCCUCCUGACGCCCCCCCAGAUCAGGGAGAGGACCCUGACUUGGAGGAGGAAGGAGCGGCUGCUGAAGAUGCAGAUCCUAACAAUGGAGCUCAAGAUGACAUGAACUGGAAUGCCUUGGAGUGGGACAGAGCCGCAGAGGAGCUCACCUGGGAAAGGAUGCUUGGACUGGAUGGCUCACUGGUGUUUCUGGAGCACGUCUUCUGGGUUGUGUCUCUCAACACACUCUUCAUCUUGGUUUUUGCAUUUUGUCCUUACCACAUCGGGCAUUUCUCUGUUGUUGGCCUCGGCUUUGAAGAAUACGUUCAAGCAUCCCACUUUGAAGGAUUAAUCACCACCAUCGUAGGAUACAUUUUGCUGGCAAUAACGCUCAUCCUGUGUCAUGGACUGGCUGCUCUGGUUAGGUUCCAGCGUUCCCGCCGUCUCCUUGGAGUCUGUUACAUUGUUGUAAAGGUGUCUUUGCUGGUUGUUGUGGAGAUUGGUGUUUUUCCUCUGAUCUGCGGCUGGUGGCUGGACAUCUGCUCUUUGGAAAUGUUUGACGCCACCCUGAAAGACCGAGAAAUGAGUUUCAAAUCAGCGCCCGGCACCACCAUGUUCCUGCACUGGCUCGUGGGGAUGGUUUACGUCUUCUACUUUGCGUCUUUCAUCCUCCUUCUAAGAGAGGUGCUGCGACCUGGAGUGCUGUGGUUUCUGAGAAAUCUCAACGACCCGGAUUUUAACCCGGUGCAGGAGAUGAUUCAUUUGCCCAUCUACAGACACCUGCGGAGGUUCAUCCUCUCCGUGGUUGUUUUUGGCUCCAUCGUGCUGCUGAUGCUGUGGCUUCCCAUUAAGCUGAUAAAAGUGAUGCUUCCCAACUUCCUCCCAUACAACGUAAUGCUCUACAGUGAUGCGCCUGUCAGUGAGCUGUCUUUGGAGCUGCUUUUACUACAGGUCGUACUUCCUGCACUCCUGGAGCAAGGACACACUCGCCAGUGGCUCAAAGGCCUCGUCAGAGCCUGGACAGUCAGUGCUGGUUAUUUGCUUGACCUUCAUUCCUACCUUCUUGGCGAGCAGGAGGACAAUGAAACCAACCAGCCUGUGAACAACAACAACAACCCUCCCCAUGGUCAGCCAAAUAACAAUAACAACCCUCCCCCUGCGGUUGGUGAGGGGCUGCAUGCAGCCCAUCAGGCCAUCCUCCAACAGGGGGGGCCAGUGGGCUUCCAGCCAUACCACCGACCAGUCCGCUUCCCUUUCAGGAUUGUGCUGCUGAUUGCAUUCAUGUGCAUCACUCUACUCGUGGCCAGUCUGGUGUGUUUAACCCUCCCAGUCUUUACAGGUCGUUGGCUCAUGUCCUUCUGGAUGGGAAAUUCUAAAAUCCACGAGCUGUACACGGCAGCAUGUGGUCUGUAUGUGUGCUGGCUUUCUAUCCGUGGGGCCACUGUUCUGCUUGCCUGGAUGCCACAGGGACGCACAGUGAUUAUGCGCAAAGUCCAAGAGUGGACAAUGAUGAUCCUGAAGACCGUUGUUGUGGCUCUCCUGGUUGCUGGAGUCAUUCCCCUGUUACUUGGCCUGCUGUUUGAGCUGGUGAUUGUGGCUCCUCUCAGAGUACCUCUGGACCAAACCCCCUUGUUUUAUCCCUGGCAGGACUGGGCUCUUGGAGUGCUUCAUGCUAAAAUCAUAGCUGCCAUCACUCUCAUGGGUCCUCAGUGGUGGCUGAAGACUGUUAUCGAGCAGGUUUAUGCAAAUGGAAUUCGCAACAUUGAUCUCCACUUCAUCAUCCGAAAACUGGCAGCUCCCGUCAUCUCAGUGCUUCUGUUGUCCCUGUGUGUGCCGUAUGUGAUUGCUGCUGGGGUGGUUCCUGCUGUAGGAGUUGCCCCUGAGAUGGAGAUCCUCAUGCAGAGAAGAAUCUAUCCAUUCUUGUUGAUGGUGGUGUCGCUCGUCGGCAUCCUCUCCUUCCAGAUUAGACAGUUUAAGCGUCUUUAUGAACACAUCAAGAAUGACAAGUAUCUGGUUGGUCAACGGCUUGUCAACUACGAACGGAAAUCUGGCAGAGCACCAUCGGCCCCACCCUCCAACCCUGUUCCAGAAUAAACUUCUGUGUCCUGCGUUUCCACUUUUUUUUCCUGUUGUGUCUUUCCUGUCUUUUGAUUUUGACGUCAGUCAGACGGUAAUCCCUUCUGAUUCUCCCAUGGAUCACGUCCGACGAUCUGUGUCUUUCUAUACAAAUCUGCAAGGAUCGUGAGUGUUAUGGUCCUGAUCAUGGACCAGAGUAAAUAUUUCAAGGAGUGUGAGCAGGAAGGUUGAACUGUUUCAUUUGAAGCCCAGUAUUUUUUCUGUUAUUCAUGCUGCCUGAUAAUUGUACAUGUGUAAAUACUUUGAACACAAACUGGCUUAAAAUCAAACACACGUGGAUAAAUGCAAUGACCAUUGUACAUUUUAAAAAUGGAUGUAUAAUUUAUUAAAUCACAAUGAUGGUUUCA